AUGAGCAUUCGAAUAGAGUCCAACUCCUCACAACAGGAGGUUGGUGCAGAGCCUGGCCUUACAGCGGCUCGGGCGGUAUAUUCCAGAUGAUCUGCUGUGAUCUUUUCCACAUUAUGGUACCUAUUGAAGACCACAGAAAGGAGCACACAGAGGCCGAGAAUAGCCAUGAAAAACAACCACCUUCCAUCAGACUGCUCAUUCGGGCACAGCAGGACUUGUGGAAUGGAUAGACCACGAGUGGAAAGAUGGUGGUGUCCAAUAGCACUACCAUUGACCAAAUCGGGGACAGAAUCUUUGUGGUCAUUAAUUUCAUUGAUCUUUGACCCUAGUCUUUGUUUACUACUAAUACUACCAUUACCGGGACAACUUUUGUCGGCUAAAUUUAUGAGGCCUUUCUUUUCUUUAGGACGAUAAGGACGCGCUAGAGCGCCUCCAGUAAUACGUUCUUUCUCUGUGAGAUUCUGUGAAGCCUUAGUCAGGUGGUCAACCAGAUCGGUAAAAUUGUCUGUCAAAUUGGAUCGGCAAGUGCUCUCGAUGAUGGACUUGGCACCAAAGAAAACUGGACGGUCAUAGAUGACCUCUGAAGUGAUUAUGAGGUGGGAAACUGUGGUGCUGCAUCGUAAGAGACAGUAACGGGUGGUGACGUGGAAUGAAUUGCAGAGGGGAACAGCUUCAUUAGUCACUGUGGCGUCUACUACGUAGCGCAUACCCGGACGCGUUUCACUCAGCAGAAUUGUCUGGCUUUCAAAAGCCCUACAAGUUCUUGGUCCAAGCCUCUGCUUCAGCGUCAAUACAUAGGAGAUAUCUCGAUGUAUAUCUUUUCCAUUAUCAAUCCAAGGUUUGGCUGGCCAUGGUUUCUGUCGCACAUCAAAUGUUCCUCGAUGCUCACAAAAAUCGGAGAAGAACUGUGAAUCCGUGAAGAGGAACGCAAAGAGUGCGUCAACCGACACAUUAAUAUCUACCGCAGCAUACGUGCGUCCUGGAUGUUUGUGCCCACUUCCACAACUCACUGGGCCUAAAUGA